CCGGGUAGCUCUGCGCUGCAGUCUCGGUCUGUCCGGGAAUGGAUCUGGUUAUUGUGUCUGAUCGCCGCUCCCUCUGGAGCCGGAUCCCGAUCCCGAUCCCGAUCCCGAUCCCGAUCCCCCUCCCCCUCCUCAUCGGAACAUUUAUCCUCCUCAGUGGAGGGAGAGACAGCGGAGCUGACGCUCACACCGGUAACUUUUUUACCGGCUGUGACUUUAACAGCUCCGGGAGCUGGACCUACAUCGAGCAGCACAUCUAUGAUCAUGAACUGAUCAUGUAUUUCGACUUUAACCAGAAGAAGUUCAUCGCUGUGAAGGACUGGAUGAAGUCUAAUGCGGACAGAUUGACUAAAGAGAUGGGGGAGACCCGGUACCAAGAAGCGUUCGGUUUUUGUCCGAAUAACAUCGGGAUCGACGAGAGUGAGGUGCUGUCCCGGAAAGUUGAACCAACAGUCACUAUCCGACCUAAAGCCUCUCAGCAUUCUGCACGGUCAGCUUUGCUCUCGUGUCAUGUCACUGGAUUUUACCCUCCUGAGAUUGAUGUCACGUGGCUGAAAAAUGGAGCACCAAUUCCUGAUGGUGCCAUCAACACUGUCCUGUUAUCAGAUGGUGACUGGACCUAUCAGGUGGAGGAUCUCCUCCAGUACCAGCCAGUGUCUGGGGAUAAAUACACCUGUCGUGUGGAACACAGCAGCCUGAGGGGGCCCAGGAGUGUGGACUGGGAAGUCCGGAGUAUUCCUGAAUCGGCACAUCCCAAGAUUGCUGUCGGAGCCCUGUUCUUUGUGAUUGGGCUGAUCAUCUUGCUGGUUGGAGUGAUAAUGAGACUGAAGAAUGCUAAAGCUAUUCUGGACUCCAGCAAUCACGGUCCACGUUUGAUGAGUACAGCUGCAAGUUAACUGUGGAUGUGACCUGAGACAGUGAGUGACAUAGUGGAUUAAACAGCUCUAAAAUGCUUCGAAAUUCCCAAUGUGACCACAGCUCACCAUACAUAGGCUGCUUCACCUUGACUUUUGAUUGCUUGUGGUUAAUGUCAUGCAAUGUAUGAGACUUGUACACUGUAACUUUUCUAAUCAUGUUAAAAUGACAUGUAAAAACAAAUGUCUAAUGUCACACCGUGAUUAACUCCCUCUGCACACCAUCCCCACCCUGACAGGUGAGAUACUGGGGUCAGUGCUUGGAUGUAGGUAGGCUCUCUAACUUUUCUGUUCACACAGCCUUGUUGUAAAUGUUCUGAAAUCUCCUUUAUUUACUUGAAAAAUGAUCUAUUUUGUAUCUAAACCAUUUUAAUGAAACAAUUGAUUUUAAUAUCUUUUACAUGGACUUUAUCAAACUGAUUACAUCUGUUAUAUUGAAACUAAAGACCAUUUGUACUUGGGUUUGCUGCUGUGUCCCCUUUACUGUCACUCAGCACUCAAUGAAAAGCUUCAACUACUAACUAAUAAACUUUGGGACUGUAAA